AUGAUUUCAACAAUCGGCACAACAACAAUUCAAACAACAACAGCACCAAACUCGUUAGUCAUGAAUCCUACGUCAAUGUUAGUAGAGAUGAAAAACUUCAUUCCUUCUUCAUAUACUUUCGAAACAAAAAUCCAGAAGAUAAAGCAAGAACUUUUAACAAGUAAUUUAGACUGUAGUGCGAAAGAUGAAGAAAAUGAAGAAUAUCUUUAUGAAAUGCAGGACAUUAUUGACCAUUUACCCAAAUUGCCUGAAAUCCAACAACAAAAACUCACUAUUCCUGAAUUCGACGAAAUUGAAGUGAAACCAACUGACUCAGUAGAAAUAAAGAAGUUCAUACGUAAAGUAAAUUAUGAAUUCCUUGGUUUUCAUUGCAACCAUAAGGUUAUGGACAAAGAUUGCGACAUGGUAUAUAAAAACAUUUCUGACAUAUAUAAAUCUGAGGAGUUUAAGACUUACGAUAACUUUGUUUCAUUAGUUGCAAAAUGUGUUUGGGAAAUAAGAGAUAAAGAUAGAAGAGGCAAAGUAUGGAACGAACAAAUAAGACCCGCUAUGUUUGAGAUGAAGAGAGCAAUUGACGCCUUAGUUGUUUUAGCUGGUUUUAUUUCAAUGUAUAACGCAAAAAUGAACCCGCAAU